UCAAUAAUAGUGUGUGUGAACGCGGCUGCUAGAGGGAGAAGAACUGUAGCGAGAGGGUGUGGAUUUAUAGAGCGACCAUGGAUUUGUUGCCGGCGGAGUCGUCGGAGAUGAGGAAGAAGCAUGGUUUCCGGUCGCUGAAGGCAGUAAAUGUGAACAUGGAGGAUGUUCUGGCUGAAAAGCCCUUCGGAGCCGACUACGGCCGGCUCCCCAAUGGACUCUUUUACUAUGUCCGAUCUAAUUCCAAGCCCAAGAUGAGGGCUGCUCUUGCUCUUGCCGUCAAGGCUGGCUCAGUCUUGGAAGAGGAGGAUGAACGAGGGGUUGCUCAUAUAGUUGAGCAUCUUGCCUUUAGUGCCACAAAGAAAUAUACAAAUCAUGAUAUUGUUAAAUUUCUUGAAAGUAUUGGAGCAGAAUUCGGCGCUUGUCAGAAUGCAGUCACAUCUGCAGAUGAAACUGUUUAUGAGUUGUUUGUUCCUGUUGACAAGCCAGAAUUGUUAUCUCAGGCCAUUUCAAUCUUGGCAGAAUUUAGCUCAGAGGUGCGAGUCUCAAUGGAUGAUCUGGAGAAAGAAAGAGGAGCUGUACUGGAAGAGUAUAGAGGGAGCCGUAAUGCAACUGGAAGGAUGCAGGAUGCACAUUGGGUUCUAAUGAUGGAAGGUUCAAAGUAUGCCGAGCGUUUACCAAUUGGGUUAGAAAAGGUAAUCCGGACAGUUUCUGCUGAUACUGUGAAGCAAUUUUACCGAAAGUGGUAUAAUUUACACAUUAUGGCUGUGAUAGCUGUUGGAGAUUUUUCUGAUACACAGAGUGUGGUUGAGUUAAUUAGGACUCAUUUUGGAGAUAAAAGUUCAGAAUCUGAGCCUCCAGCUAUACCUCAUUUUCAUGUUCCAUCGCAUGAAGAACCCCGAUUUUCAUGCUUCGUGGAGUCUGAAGCUGCUGGGUCUGCAGUGAUGAUCAGUUGUAAGAUGCCUGUUGAUGAGCUAACAACUGUGAAGGACUACAGGAACUUACUAGCGGAGUCCAUGUUCUUUCACGCUUUAAAUCAGAGGUUUUUUAAGAUAUCUCGCAGAAAGGAUCCUCCAUACUUUUCAUGCUCUGCUGCCACUGAUGUCCUAGUUCGGCCAGUGAAAGCUUAUAUAAUGACUUCAUCUUGUAAAGAGAAAGGGACUGUCGAGGCCUUGGAAUCAAUGCUUACAGAGGUUGCAAGGGUUCGGCUGCAUGGAUUUUCUGAACGUGAAAUUUCAGUUGUUCGGGCAUUACUUAUGUCAGAAAUUGAAUCUGCUUAUUUGGAGCGUGAUCAAAUGCAAUCAACCAGCCUGAGGGAUGAAUAUUUGCAACAUUUUCUCCGCAAUGAGCCUGUUGUUGGAGUUGAAUAUGAAGCACAACUUCAGAAAACUAUCCUACCGUAUAUAUCGGCAUCUGAGGUGUCCAAGUAUGCGGAGAACUUCCGAACAUCAUUUAGCUGCAUUAUAAAGACCAUUGAACCUCAGGCAACUGCAACAGUGGAUCAUCUUGGAACUGUUGUGUCAAAGAUCAAUUCUCUUGAGGGAGAGCGAAGCAUACCUCCUUGGGAUGAUGAACAUAUCCCAGAAGAAAUUGUCUAUGUCAAACCAAAUCCAGGGCAUAUUGUGCAGCAGAUUGAAUAUUCAAAUAUAGGAGCUACUGAACUAAUUCUAUCAAAUGGCAUGCGUGUUUGUUACAAGUGCACAAACUUCCUUGAUGACCAGGUUCUCUUCACAGGGUUCUCAUAUGGGGGCUUAUCUGAACUUCCAGAAAGUGAGUACUUCUCAUGCUCCAUGGGUUCAACCAUUGCUGGAGAAAUUGGUGUUUUUGGUCACAGACCGUCAGUUCUAAUGGAUGUGCUUGCUGGUAAGAGAGCUGAAGUUGGCACCAAACUUGGAGCAUAUAUGAGAACCUUUUCUGGUGACUGCUCACCUUCAGACCUUGAAACUGCCUUGCAGCUAGUUUAUCAGCUAUUUAUCACUGAUGUACAACCAAGGGAAGAGGACAUCAAGAUAGUGAUGCAAAUGGCAGCAGAAGCUGUGCAUGCUCAAGAAAGAGAUCCUUACACUGCAUUUUUGAACCGUGUGAGGGAGCUUAAUUAUGGGAAGUCCUAUUUUUUUAGGCCAAUUAGAAUUGGUGACCUUAAAAAAGUCAAUCCAUUUAAAGCUUGUGAAUACUUCAAUAAUUGUUUCAAGGAUCCCUCAACCUUUACAGUAGUUAUUGUUGGGAAUAUUGAUCCUGAUAUCGCAUGUCCUUUCAUUUUGCAGUAUCUGGGUGGAAUUCCUAGACCUCCUGAAUCCAUUUUCCAUUUUAACCGAGAUCACCUCAAAGGCUUGCCUUUUACUUUUCCUUCAACCAUAGUUAGGGAAGUUGUUCGGAGCCCUAUGGUGGAGGCUCAAUGUUCUGUCCAGCUAUGCUUUCCUGUUGAGCUAAAGAAUGAGAACAUGAUGGAAGAUAUUCAUUUUGUUGGAUUUUUGUGCAAACUUCUGGAGACAAAAAUAAUUCAGAUUCUCCGUUUCAAGUAUGGCCAGAUAUAUUCUGCUGGAGUUUCUGUAUUCCUUGGUGGCAACAAGCCUUCAAGGAUUGGUGAUGUUCGUGGAGACAUUAGCAUAAAUUUCUCUUGUGAUCCAGAUAUUUCCACAAAACUGGUUGAUCUAGCUUUGGAUGAAAUAUUACGGCUCCAGGAGGAAGGACCAUCAGAAGAAGAUGUUUCAGCUAUCCUUGAAAUUGAGCAGAGGGCCCAUGAAAAUGGAUUGCAGGAGAAUUACUAUUGGCUAGAUAGGGUUUUACGCAGCUACCAGUCGAGGAUCUAUUCUGGUGAUGUUGGCAUGUCUUUUGAGGUCCUAGAGGAGGGCCGCUUAAAAGUUAGAAAGUCUCUGACACCAUCAGCCACCCUGUUGGCUUUACAAAGGAUACUACCUUUCCCUUGCAAAAAACAGUACGCCAUAGUGAUUUUGAUGCCCCAGGCAUCCCCUUUUAAAUUCUUGACAUCAUUGGCUGGCUUUUUGCCAAACCAUUAUACUAGAGAUGCAAAGAUCUUAGCAGGCAUCGCAGGUAUUACAGUUUUGGUUCUCAGUUUGUGGCGAUACUCACGCAGUGCGCUGAGAUCUUAGAAACGGGGAGCUUAUUUGGAAGACCGGAGAUUUUUCAGAUGACAGUGGUAAAUCAUUUCUUACACUGCAAGAUUGGAUUAGGAUAUCAAUUGAAAUUAGCUAAUUCUCAACUACUGAUAUCCAUCCGCGGGUCAGUUUAAAUAGGAAAAGCACUUGAAUUUGAUGUGUGCUUGCUUGAAGUGAAGGGCUGAAAGUUGGAGAGUGGAAGCCUCUUUUGUAGGGCUGUCUUUUUUGAUUCAAUGCUAAUGCAGCAGCAGCUACGCCAACGUAGAACAAUUGAGUUUGCAUGGAAUAUGGACUCUCUUGUGAAGGCUACCUUCUGGUUGAAUUCUCUCAUGUCAUCACAUUUGAUUACAAGUGUAUAAUAUUGUACUUGGAAUGUAAUAUGAGUCUGCAGUUUACCCUUUCAUGGUGUCAUUUGGUAUGUCUGCUUAGCAUUUGGGAACUCUUGAUUAAAGUAUGUAUUGAGAGUGUUGAUUAUGAGUGUUGAGGGUUGUAUUACUCGCAUCGAAUAAAUCGAAUUUGUGUAAAAAAUUGAACCGAACUAGUUGAAUAGAUUUUUACACCGAACAAAUCAAAAAAAUAAAAAAAAAAUUUGAAAAAACCAAACUAACCCAAAAAAACUAAAAAAAUUGAAAUGAUAAAGUGCAAAAAUGAUAUUUUUG